AUGGAGAUAGGUAGUAUAGUUGAGUACUUCAAGGAUAAGAGCAUCUUUGUCACUGGUGCCAUUGGUUUUCUAGCAAAGAUCUUUGUGGAGAGGGUUCUUAGAGUUCAACCUAAUGUGAAGAAACUCUUCCUUCUUGUGAGAACAGGGGAUGCCAAGUUGGCUACAGAGCGCAUGCAAAAUGAGGUGUUUGCAAAGGAGCUUUUUGAUGUUCUUAAAGAGAAACAUGGGCCGGACAUUGAUUCAUUUAUAUCCAAGAUGGUUUAUUCAGUUGCAGGAGAUAUUAUUUAUGAAAAUUUAGGGAUUGAAGAUUAUAAUCUUAGAGAAAGGUUAUGGGAGGAGAUUGACAUUGUUGUCAAUGUGGCUGGAAGUGCCAACUUUUAUGAGAGAUAUGAUGUUUCUUUGUAUAUCAAUACCUUAGGAGCAAAGCAAGUUUUAGAGUUUGCAAAGCAAUGCACGAAAGUCCAUAUGCUUCUCCAUGUAUCAACAGCUUAUGUAGCUGGAACGAAAGAAGGUAUAAUAUCAGAGAAGCCAUUUCACUUUGGGAAAGCACUUAAUAAGGAUUUGUAUUUAGAUAUCGAAGGGGAGCUAAGGCAUGUUGAAUAUAUGAAGAAAGAACUCCAUGAGCAACAUUCAACAUUAGAAGCUGAAAAAAUUGCUAUGAAGGAAUUGGGAAUACAAAGGGCUAGAAUGUAUGGCUGGCCAAACACCUAUGUAUUUACAAAGGCCAUGGGAGAAAUGCUUUUAGGUCAUUUAAGAGGAGAGAAGCCACUAGUUAUCAUGCACCCAACAAUUAUAACAAGUGUCUAUAAAGACUCAUUACCAGGUUGGAUAGAAGGAGUUAGGACAAUUGACAGUGUAAUACUUGGUUAUGCAAAAGGAGAUAUUUUAUGCAUUUUAGGAGAUCUAGAAGUAGUUACAGAUUUGAUUCCUGGAGACAUGGUGGUUAAUGCCAUGAUUUUAGCAUUAGCUACACAUUCAAAUCAACAUUCAGAAGUCAUAUAUCAUGGCUUGUGCUUGAUAAAUCUAGCUCUUUUUGGAUUGUUUACUCAACAAUUCAACACAUAUUGGAAGAAAUAUAAGCUUGUGGUCCACCUUGCUGAUAUCUAUGCGCCAUAUACAUUCUUUAAAGGAAGCUUUGAUGAUUCUAACUUAGAAAGUUUGAGAAAGGCAAUGGAGAAUAAUGAUGAGAUGAAGUUGUUUGAUUGUGAUCCCAAGCACAUUUAA